AUGCUUUUGAGAAUCAUAAAAAUGUCUCGUAUCCAAAGUGCCAGAUGGGCAUUCAACUGCCGGGACUGGUCACCAUCGGAAUAUGAUGUUCAACUUUUAGCAAGUGGUCUUGAUGCUGAAGACAAAGAACAAGUAGGAAAGUUUGUUUUUCAAAAAGAUGCCAAAUCGGCAAUCAUUGGACGAUUUCUGACCAAGAAGUUUAUAUGUGAUGCUACAGGUAUUCUGUGGAAAAAAGUCAAGAUUCUCCGUGAUACUGAGCAUAAAAAGCCAUACUUUCCACAGGAACUUUACCCAUCCUGCAGAGUACAGUUUAAUAUUUCGCACAGUGGUGAUUUUGUUGUUUUAGCUGGGGAAAUGGGUGAUGUAAAAGUGGGGGUGGACGUAAUGAAAGUAGAAAAACAGAGGACAACAACUGUUCCAGAAUUUUUCCGAUUGAUGAACAAACAGUUUGCAGCUGAAGAGUGGAGUGUGGUGAAAUCCCAAUACACUGAAUGUGAACAGAUGGCAAUGUUUUAUCGGUUUUGGUGUUUGAAGGAGAGCUACACAAAAGCUACUGGGACAGGCAUCACAGUUGACCUUCAGAAAAUAUGUUUUAAACUCAAAAACCUCCGUUUGGCUGUUAAUUCGGUUGUGGGUGACACACAAGUUUUUGUUGAAGGCCAAAAACAAGAAGGGUGGCUGUUUCAAGAGACUAUGAUCAGCAACAACCACAUUGCUUCCGUGGCUAUUUUUAGCCCAGAGGGGUGUUCAGACUUUCAUUCUAAAGGAGAACAUUUCAGUGUUCUUAGCUUUGAUGAGUUAAUCUCCCAGUACGAUCAAAUAUCAGAUAUUGAUAUUGAUUUCAGUAAAAGGUUUUUGUCCAAGAAGAUAAAACCGUGAUUUAUUUUAGACUACUAUUAUAGUAAAUGGUUGGAAUAAAUGGUCAAUCUUUA